UCUUCAAAUUUUUAUUACUUCUUUUCCCCCAAACACCACACACACACACACACACAAAUACGGCAAUGAACUCCUUCUCAGUGUUCUUGGUAUUUGCAUUGGCUGCUUUGGCCGCAGCUGAGCCACCAUCUGGCUAUAAUUAUCCACGUGGCGGCGGCGGUGGCGGUGGUGGCGGAUUUGGUGGCGGCUUUGGUGGCUCCUCCUUUGGCGGCGGCGGCGGCGGCGGUGGCUUUCAGGCCGUCAGCGGUGGCUUCCAGACGUCGGAGGGUCAAAAUGUAGAUCCUCAGCUGCUGGAGCAGGUGCGUCAGAUCCUGCUCAAUGAGGAGAGUAAGCUGGGCGGUGGUGGAGGAGGCGGCGGCGGUGGUGGCGGCGGUGGCUACCCCAGCGGACCCUCCACCAGCUACGGUCCACCCUCGACGAGCUAUGGUGCGCCUGGCUUUGGUGGCGGCGGCGGUGGACGCGUUGUUGGCAUCGAUUUGGAGGGUGUGCGUCAGGCCAUCCAAGUCGCACAAUUCGCCCAGCAGAGCACACAGCAGGGUGGUGGAGGCGGUGGCUACCCCAGUGGCCCAUCUGGUUCAUAUGGUGCUCCAUCGCGACCCAGUGGCAGCUACGGUGCGCCCUUCUAAGCCAACUAAUUGUGUGCUGCCCAAAAAGAAGAAGAGGACAACAACAAAUCAAAAAUACCAAU